AUGUCAACAAAUAUUUUAGGAAAUUUAUAUACCAACAUAGAACAUGAAAGACAAGAAGCCUUAAAAGUCAUGGUUACUCAACUAAUCAAUGAUAUUAAGACAUUACAAUCUUCGUAUCAAAAGUUAAAAAUUAAGGAAAAUGAUUGCAAAUGGUGGCAGAACAAGGUUUUACCAACUGUCAAUUCUGAGAGAUCUGAAGCUAAUAUAUUGUCUUGGAAAUCAAGUGAUGAUGUACAUGGAUGCUUAGAAAACUUGGAUACAAUGAUGGAAGAGGAAGAAAAAACCUACCUUCAAAUGGUUGCUAAAAAG